AUGGAUCACUUACAUUCUCCAACACAAAAACGUCCAUUGAUAGAAGAGAUAAGCCUACCUACUCCCGAUACCACAAUUACACCGCCUGAUCAACAGGCCAAGCGCCUUAGACUUUUACUACCUACUUCUGUCACUUUUCCACAACCACCUCCAAACACUUUUCAACAGAAAUUUCAACUCCCAAUACCUCCAACCUUACUCGAAUCUUCUACAACUAACUUGUCAAGCCGGCAGCAAGAAUUGCCUUCUAUCGAUUCUUUAGGUCCUUUACCACCACUUCCUCAUUUCACUCCCACCACACAAUUUCCAUAUCAGCGAUUCUUUCAACAGCAUAAUUCACAUGAUUAUAAUAGUCGACAUCAUUUAAAUAAGAAUGAGGAACUAUUGACUUUUUCGUCGUUACGUUUUGAACGUUUAGCCGAAGAAAACACAAACGAUGAUCAGAAUGAAGAAUUAGAUUUAAACUCAGAUAAUGAAGAUGGAAGUAUAAUGGAUUAUGAAAGGAUAAAUUUACAGAGAGAGCCACACUUAAUUGUUCAAAAUGAUGAGGCUCUAAACAUGGAAG